AGCUCACCCCCCACAAGUUCGCCCAGGCCAUCACCCCAACAACCAAUGUUGACAGAAACCCGGGGCGAAAUGAUGCACACCCACCACAUGUCGCCGUUUUCUCACAUUCCGAUAACAGAAAAUCAUAAUCCACAACCGUCAUCAUGCCACGAACACCCCGCGAUCGCGGCGAACGUGGUGAAAGGGAUCCAGAGCGCGAACGACACCAUCACCAACAACGACCCAGAAAAGGCCACCGCUACAACGACAGCACGAGCGAAUUGAUCGAAAAACCAACACAUCAACAUCGACGUCACCGCAGUGAAUCGCAAAGUCCUAGGAAAAAGAAAAAGAGAUAUUAUUAUCCUGAAGAUGAAACGACGGAGAGUAGUAAAUCUACUAGUAAUGCGUUGAGUGCUGGUGCUUUGUCGCAAUUGGAUGCGGCGAAUGUUGGUGAUUUGAGGUGGAAUAGUAAUGGCGGCGCUAAAGGGGCGGAGAGAUAUACGGAUGUCGAGGAAGAGAGGAGAAGACAGGAGAGAAGGGAGAGAAGAGAACGACGGAGGAGAAGAGAAGCUGAAGAAGGACUUAAUGUGGAUCGCCAUAAAGACGAGCGGAAGCAAUCACGAGUCAUCAGCGGCAGUUAUCUGGAACGUGGUACUGAGCCGUAUGAUGAGAAGGUCGUUUUGGUCGAUCAAAGGGUCCGUAUGAGAGGUGGCGCUGGCAGCGUCGAGUCUGAAGAGGAUGAAGCGCGGCGGCGGAAAAGACGGAGAAUCGGUAUCAUUGGCAUCGCUAUCCUUGUCAUAUUGGCAAUCGUGAUACCUGUCGGUGUCGUGUUGUCCAACAAAAGCAAAUCAUCGUCUUCUACAGAUUCAACAAGCGACACAACAACUUCAUCGAAUCAACCAUCGAACAAGAAUCUGAACGGCAUUUCGGAGUCAGAUAUACCCAAGGAGGCACAAGGAACAUACCUGGACCCGUUUACCUGGUAUGACACCACAGACUUCAAUGUCACAUACACGGCAGCCACCAUCGGCGGACUCUCGGUUAUGGGCUUGAACGAAACCUGGGACGACUCGGCCAAAGCAAAUGAGAAUGUUCCUGCGCUAGACAAAUCCUGGGAGUAUGGCAAGAUGCCCAUUAGAGGUGUCAAUGUGGGAGGCUGGCUCAGUAUCGAACCCGUCAUCACCCCUUCUCUCUUCUCCGACUUCAAAACCAGCGACGGCGUCAUUGAUGAAUGGACCCUUUGCAGCAAAUUGGGCGCCAGCAGAGCCCAAUCGACACUGGAACAACACUACGCUCAAUUUCUCACCGAAGCCGAUUUCGCCGGCAUCCAAGCAGCAGGCUUCGACCACGUCCGCAUCCCCUUUUCCUACUGGGCCGUAACAACAUACGAUGGUGAUCCAUACGUGCCCAAGAUAUCCUGGCGCUACCUCCUCCGCGCUAUCGAAUGGGCACGCAAAUAUGGAUUACGCAUAAACCUCGACCUCCACGGCGCCCCAGGCAGUCAAAACGGCUGGAACCACAGCGGCCAUCAAGGCGCCAUAAACUGGCUAGACGGCACAGAUGGCACCUUGAACGGCCAACGCACUCUAGACAUCCACUCCCAACUCUCCACCUUCUUCGCGCAACCACGGUAUAAGAACAUCAUCACCAUCUACGGUCUCGUCAACGAGCCCAAGAUGACCUAUCUAGACGUGGACACCGUACUAACCUGGACAAAAUCCGCAAUCACAAAAAUCAGAGCCAACAACCUGACCGCCAUAAUAACCUUCGGCGACGGCUUCCGCGGCUUGGACAACUGGCAAGGCGAGUUGCAAGAUUUCUCCAAUUUACUCCUAGACGUCCAUCAAUACGUCAUCUUCAACAACCAACAAAUAUCCCUCCCACACAGCGAUAAAGUAGCUUUCGCAUGCUCGGCAUGGACGAACCAAACCCUCCGCUCCAGCGACAAAGCCACCGGUUUCGGACCCACGCUUUGCGGCGAAUGGAGUCAGGCUGACACGGAUUGCGCCACCUAUCUCAACAACGUGGGCGUGGGAUCACGCUGGGAAGGCACGUUAAACAUGCUCUCCACACCCGGCGGCUCCCUAGACGGCAGCGUGCUGUCCCCCACCUGCCCUACCUCCAAUUCCCCCCGCUGCUCUUGCGCCAAUGCGAACGCCUCACCCUCGACAUAUUCGCCAUCGUACAAGCAAUUUCUCCUCGACUUUGCGGAGGCGCAAAUGCACAGUUUUGAGCAGGGGUGGGGGUGGUUUUAUUGGACGUGGAAGACUGAGUCCGCGUGGCAGUGGAGUUAUAAAGAUGGCAUUGCCGCGGGCGUUUUGCCGCAGAAGACUUGGGAUAGAAAAUAUAGUUGUGGGCAGGGGGUUGAUUAUGCUGGUAUGGGAUUGGCGGAGAAUUAUUAGUUGGAAAGGGGCGAGAAGCUUCUCUCUAGACAAUGAGAUUGAAAUUUUCGAUAUCAUCUUGCCUGUGUACAGCUGUGAAAUGGACGUCACUGGUGCGUGAGAGAGAAGGAAACAAUUUCACCUUGAGCGGAAAUAACAACACACCCAUAUUAUUUGGUUAAUGCAUUACGUCCCUACGAAGAGACCAG